AUGGGAUGUCUUUUAUUUACUGUUGUACAAUCGACACAAUCGGUUAAUAAAGGUUUAAUUAUGCAUGAAGGCAGAUGUCCUCAACCACCAUUUGGCAUAAUGUGUCGUCGUAUAGUCUGUAUGCCUCAAAUGAUGGAAAGGACUUGUAACAACGAUGGUAGAUGCAAAGAAAAUGAGAAAUGUUGUCAUAUACCAUGCUCAUGUAGUAUAAAAUGUGUUGCAGUAUAA